AGAGUCAGCACAACAUCAUCGACGGCGACAAGAAAGGAAGGAAUCCGACCUUCUACUCUCUCUUUUCUUGUCCCCUUUCUUAUCGUCCUCGACGGCGACGACGUAUCCGAGGAGGGUUCUUUCUCUCACGCGUUGUAAUAACUCCUGAUGUUCUUGAGUGGAGUAUUCAUUUUUUUUUUAUUAAUUAAGGAAUACAUUAAUGUAAUUGAGUGCAAUAAUCCGUCUCCCCUGGGCCAUUUCUUCCCUGUUCAGAAUAAAAAAUUAAAGCUUUUGGCGUAAGCAGUGGUUUCUCAAUUACUGUUUGCUUAAGCUCUCUGCCUCUGCAAAGCUUUCUAGUUUCUACCUCUUAGUUCUUCAGAAGAAAGCUGAUUUUCAUGCUGGCUGACCAUCUCAAAGUUCAUUUGUUGGUACUUCUGUUUGCUGUUUAAGCUCUGACCCAUCUCGGGUGGAAAGCUGUUUUCCCCUUCCGAAUUGUGAUUAGGGUAGAGAAGCUUCUAAAAUGUCUACGAAUGAGGACGCUGGUAGUCCUGGAUCUGGAUGGGGUGCUUCAUUUUUGACGCAGACAACUGAAGAUGUUGCAAGAGCUGUUGCUGCAGCUGCCACAGCUAUGAAUUCCUCCCGGCCUUCCUCUGUGUAUUCGUCUAAAGAUGAAAAUAGUGGUAGCAAACUUCAGAAACUACAGCGCCAAGUUGCAAAAGUUAUAGAAAGCUUCUCACAGCCUACUGAAGUGAAAACUGGAAACUACAAUCCUGAAGUUCUGACAAGCCAAAAGCGUCAAUGGGCUAGCUUUCAGUUGCAAAACUUGGAUCAUAGACCUUUGAAAGAACCAUCAAGGCUUUUUGAGAGCAUGGUUGUUGUUGGGCUUCAUCCACAUUGUGAUAUUCAGGCACUUCAAAGCCAAUAUAUCACCGGAAGGUUUGAAGGUUCUGAUAAAUUGCAUGGUGCACUUAGUUAUCAGAAUGAUUCUCGUGUAGAACCAAAUCUUGAACCCCAGGUCUUAUUUGUUUACCCACCAGAAAAGCAAUUGCCACUUAAAUACAAGGAUCUGCUCUCAUUUUGCUUCCCUGGAGGCCCGGAGGUUAAUGCUGUUGAAAGAACUCCUUCCAUGAGUGAGCUAAAUGAAAUUCUCCUUUCACAGGAACACCGAAAACAAAGUGACCUGUCAUUUGUAUUCCGGUUACAGGUUGCUGAUGAUUCCACUUUGUAUGGAUGCUGUGUGUUAGUUGAGGAAAUUGUCCAAAAACCCUCUGGAUUACUUUCCAUGAUUUCAGAUAGACUGCCUGCCUACCAGUCUUUGAGUCGUUAUGUACUGACCACUCACAGAUGUUAUUGCAUUCUUUCAAGGCUUCCAUUCUUUGAGAUGCACUUUGGUGUGUUGAAUAGCAUCUUUAAUGAAGAAAGAUUGGAACGGUUAACAAAAAGUAUUGGUGAUCUGAAUUUGAAAUUGUCAGAAGGUUAUGACAUUGAAGAAAACCUGUAUGACGUAUCAUUGAGUCAUAGAGUUCUGGAGGACACACCAAAGUCAACAAUUGAAUCCUCUGGGUUUGUAUAUUCUAAACCUGCAAGAGUUGCAGCUGCUUAUGGGCAACGGCUGGAGCAUCAGAUUCUCGAGGGGGAUUUUCACUCCGAAAUAGCUUCUAAUCAUGGUAUUGUUCUCCCAGUUGAUAUGGAAGAUGAAAUAGUUGAAGAAAAAAAAGAAUCUAAUGAUGCAAAUCCUGAUGAUUGUGAUGUUGAUGUGGAUGGUUUUACAACAAACAAGCAAACAGCUGAAAGACCUUUGCCUAUUGCUGUUUUGCCACUGUUUCGUUAUUAUCAGUAUGAGAGCUCUGAAUCAUCGUCCAGUUUUCAAGGUUCCCCUUGUGAAGGCAGGAAUUUCCGAAGUGAUGUGGAUGACACGGAGACUGAAGAUACAUCUACUUCUGGUCUGGAAGAUUCCAGUGAUCAUAUUGAUAUUCUUGAAUGGGCUAAGGCAAACAAUCAUGGAUCAUUACAAAUACUAUGUGAAUAUUACCAUUUGAGAUGCCCUUCAAGAGGAUCAACACUUAAAUUUCAUCCUUUAGAGCACCUUCAUCCCUUGGAAUAUCAUAGACCUGAUGUUUCAGCUUUACAUAUUGCUGGUUCAACUAUUGAUUUGAAAUAUUGCAGUACAAGCCUUGAAAUUGUCGAGGCACACAGUGCACUAUUGGCUGAAGAGGAAGCAAUUGCGCUGUCAACAUGGGCUGUUGCAUGCAUGUGUGGAUCCUUGCGACUUGAGCACGUGUUGACAAUAUUUGCAGGGGCAUUAUUGGAGAAACAGAUUGUGAUCAUCUGUUCUAAUUUGGGCAUCUUGUCUGCCACAGUUUUGUCAAUUAUUCCACUGAUUCGUCCCUACCAAUGGCAGAGCCUGCUGAUGCCAGUUUUGCCAGAUGACAUGCUGGACUUUUUGGAUGCACCUGUUCCUUACAUAGUCGGUGUAAAGGAUAAAACCAGCGAAGUACGGUCAAAGUUAACCAAUGCCAUACUUGUUGAUGCUAAUAAGAACCAGGUAAAGUCACCUACAAUACCACAACUGCCAAAGCAAAAGGAAUUAUAUUCAUUAUUAAGUCCUUAUCAUGCAAAGCUUGUUGGAGAAAGUUAUUUGGGGAAGAAAAGGCCAGUAAAUGAAUGUACAGACGUGCAGAUGGAAGCUGCCAAGAGCUUUCUGCAAGUGUUAAGAUCUUACUUGGAUACUCUUUGCUUUAACAUGCGGUCACACACAAUAACAAAUGUGCAGUCCAACAACGACAAGGUAUCCUUGCUUUUAAAGGAUAGUUUCAUUCACUCGUUCCCUAGUCGUGAUCGUCCUUUUAUGAAGCAUUUUGUGGACACACAAAUGUUCUCUGUACAUACAGACCUUGUUCUCUCAUUUUACCAGAAGGAAUAGGAAAUGUAGCCGUACAAGGAUGCCUUCAAAUUUAAUUGUAGUGUGUUUGUUGUAACUUGAACGUAAGUUCAGGAAUGUAUAAUGUUAGACUGAUGUUUUUAACAUCAGCGAAAAUUUUUUCUUCCUGUAGAACUUCACUCAUUUUCCUCUUAUUUGCCAUUUCUCUACUUCGCUCACUCAACAUUGAAAGAUGGAAACAACAUGAAAGUUGAAUUACAAAUACCCUUUCAAAUAUAUGAUAUAUUUGAGC